AUGGGAAGCGCUUGGAGGCUUUUGUUUUCUUUGCUUUGCAUUCAAAUCCUUGUAGCGAGUGUGGUUGCAAGGAAUAUAGUGAGUGUGCGGCAUGACGAGGAGGGAAAGAACUUAGCUUUUGGGAAGGGAGGGGGAUUUGGCGGUGAAGGUAGUGGUUUUGGAGGCGUCGUUGGUAGUGGUGUUGGGAGUGGUCUUGGUGGUGGCAUUGGUAAAAGUGGCGGGGUAAGCGGUGGUGGAGCUGGUGGUGGCUUUGGAAAAGGACGACGCAUUCUCAAGAGGGGUGGGGGUGGUGGUCGUGGUGGCAAGCAUGGUGGAUUCCAUGGUGGUGUACAUGGUGGAGCUGGGGGUAGAGUUCACAGCGGUGCUGGUGGUGGAUUUGGAAAAGGCUGA